AUUGUUUAUACAUUAACUCCCUCUAUAGUGCUAAAUAUAGGAAUUAUAACUAGAACACGAUCACCAUACUGCGUAACAUAUCGUUGAAAUUAUUUUUGUAAUUUUAAUAAAUUUUAAUUAAUCAAUUUCUACCUUAUUAUAGUAAUAUGAGUGAAGAUAUGAAAACUCUUUGGUGCGGAAAUUUAAGCGAUAAAGUAACGGAAGAAAUUCUAUACGAAUUAUUUUUACAGGCUGGCCCUGUACAAAACGUCACUAUUCCUAAAGAUCGUAAUGGCAAACAAAGACCAUUUGGAUUUGUAACAUAUAAACACGUUAAUUCUGUAUUAUAUGCUUUAGAACUAUUCAAUGGUACAUCUCUAUUUAAUCGUAUUCUUAAUAUAAGUCAUCGGAAAAAUGUAGAAUUACCACAAAUAAACUACUCACAGGACAAUUUUAUAAAUUUCAAUAAUUGGCUUCAGUUAGGCCAAGAAAUGAUCUUAGGAAAUGAUAUGUCUCAUUUAAAAGAAGAUUCAUUUGGAACAAAUAUGAUAUUAAACACAGAUUUGCAGAUGAAAGAGACAAACAAUUGUUCUCAUAAGAAUGAUAGAAGAUCUCAACGGACACAUCCUUAUCAUAGAGAUCAACAUAAACAUAGUAAUCAUCACAUGGACCAUAGCUCUACUAGAAAUCGUAACAGUCAUAAUAGCAAUCACUAUUCCAAACACAGUUAUAAAAAUAGCAGACGUACUUAUUAAUAUUUCAUAAAAUACACAUAAAAAUAACUUUCAUUACUUACAAAUAAUAACAAAUUUCAUUUGCUUGUAAAAAAGAUGGAAAAUUUUUUACAAUCUUAGGUCUAAUUUACUGGAAUAAAAAAUAUGUAAUAUACA